CGAUGUAAACGACGCCAUUACUGUGUCAGUUUGUACCGUAUAGACACGGUUCCGUAUCGUCCUCGUUAAUUACAGUGAUUUCCAAGAAUUGUACGAGUUAAAACACCAGAGCAUCAGAAUAAAAUCAGUGUUAGUGCGUCAUUCUUUGUGAUCCUGAGUGAAGAUGUUCAUCGUUCGAAGGAUCAACUGUAACUACCUGAACUUCCGCAUGAUGAGAUCUGAAAAUCGGUAUUGCCUACGACGUUUAUACAUUUAGCAUGAUACAACGUAAUCACUGUCGAGCUAAUGGAUUGACAUUCAAUAUAUUGGAAAAAUUUGGUACAAGCCGAUGGAGAACGGAACCACUAACAAUGCCCGGUCAUACAUCGAAAUCGCGAAGGACACGGUCCUCCUGCAUACAAACGAAAGAGGAGAGGACAUUCGGGUUUUCUUAAUCAGGUAUGUCUAACGGAUGGGAGAAGUUUAUUAGAACAACUUGCCAUACUGUUUCCGAAAGAUCCAAGCAACAUUUACACAUGGGAUGGUCCGAGUGCCCUCGACCGAGUUGCUCGGGGAUGUCCAGACAAACUUCGUUGAAGUGAAGAGUUUAUAUCAAACAUUCGUCUGACGAACGUGUUGUUUGGUCGAGUACGAACCGUUGGAAUAGGACCAUUCACGACUAUGAUCGAAGGAAGUAGGAAAUAGGAGGAUGCGCUCGAGACUUAAGCAAGUGGACUAACUUUGAUGCUUCUCGCUAUACGUUUACGCUUGUUAUUUGAUCGUUGACCUAUCGAAUAAGCUAAAAUUCUAACUACCGAUAGCAGCCAGUGACGGGUGGUAAAGGACGAUAUAUUACUGUGAAAUUCAACACCGUGGUACCCCACCAGGCGGUCGAAGCUUUACGCGCGUUUCAUACGAGAAGGAAAGUUAACUCGUACGAAUUACUUAACAAGUACGGAAGGCGAUAAUUUCGAAGGGGCGAAAUUCCUUUUAUGGUGCAUCACCGAGAUCUCCAUUUGCGUUUACCUCUUCGAAAGAUCUCGACGAUAAUACACGGAUCUCCGACUUCCAUUAUGGCGGAUAGAAGAACGGAAACGGCGGAAUAACGACCGCGACGGUGAUACGCGACGGAGGUAGUACGCGUCUGGGAGUAAGCAGAGGGCCGGAGGGCUGAUAGGGGCAGCUCGAGAGACAGCUGACAAGAUAAUCGGUAAAGGUGUGGAAAGAUUACGCGUAGUCGGAGCUCGAAAUCUGAGUGCCAUGGAGUGCCGCAAGGGUCGACGGAAAGGUCUGCUCGGUGGGCUGCUCCUUGCAUGGCUAUUAACCAGCGGUCGUACAGUCGUCGCACGAAAUAUAGAGAGGUACGACACCGCGUACGCCUGCGAGGGCAAAACGCUAUGGAUCGAGUGUGGCGAGGGAAAGCUGAUCCACCUGAUAAGAGCCAACUAUGGGAGGUUCUCGAUAACGAUAUGCAACGAACAUGGGAAUACCGACUGGAGUGUCAAUUGCAUGUCACCCAAAACUUUCCGUGUUCUCAACAACGAGUGUAACGACCAACAAAACUGCAGCAUCGUUGCAUCAACCUCGCAAUUCGGUGAUCCUUGUCCCAACACGCACAAAUAUCUUGAGGCACAUUAUCGUUGUGUCUCUGCGACUACAACAACGACGACAUCCCGACCGAGUCCUCCGUGGUUCAUAACUUCGCAACCGAGCGUUUGGAGCACGGCUAAGCCAACCGUGAGACCUCCCUCGAGGAUUACGACACCGGCGGUUCAACAGCCACCGCAACCACCACCGGCACCAUCUACACCAGCUUUGCCAAUAACCACUCCGCCAAGUCCAACCUCGACGAGGUCCUUCGACGAAAUGGAUAUCAAAGAAGACCAAGAUUCUGUUCUUCCAGAGAAAGGUGUCGUAGCGAAUGGAGCAGCGAUUCCUCCUAUCGCGCCUGAAACAAUGCAGCCAACAACUACAUCGACAUUUGCUCCAUGGAGAACAAGUCGAAGACCAACCGUACCCAGCACUUAUUAUCCAGAGUCCAGUUCGAACGGGCAAUGGUACGAUUAUGGACGACAGGCCUGUCCACCGGUAAUAGCACGAAAUCUUUCAUGGAACGCUACUCGAGCUGGAGACGUUGCCGUCCAAAGUUGUCCAGGUGGUGCCAAUGGACUUGCUCGUUGGAGAUGUCUUGCCAAAGGUGAUUCUGCGGUCUGGCAUCGAGACACUCCAGACUUGAGCGAAUGUCGUUCUGUUUGGUUAACGUCCUUGGAAAAUAGAGUAACUGAUGGUGACGUCAUUUUGGGAAUCAGUCGAGAACUUUCACAAGUAACGAAUAAUAGUCGUGGUCUUUAUGGUGGUGACAUGAUGAUCACAACCAAGAUCAUAAAGAAUAUGGCCGAAAAGAUGGCACAAGAUAUUAGGACCUAUCAGGAUCCCAAUCAAAGGGAAGUCAGCGUUACGGAACUCUUGCAAGGUGUUGUAAGAACAGGCAGUAAUCUUUUGAACGAAGCACAGAUGGCUUCUUGGAAGGAUCUCAGUCAUCAGGAACAAAUGAGAGUAGCGACCUCUUUGUUAAUAGGUCUUGAAGAAAAUGCAUUUCUAUUGGCUGAUACUUUGACCCAAGAGAAAACGAUCACUCAUGAUUGUAGAAAUAUACUAAUGGAAGUUCGCGUUUUGGAUACACGCAAUAUCGGUAAUGAUCUCGAGGUCUUUCCAAAUAAUAUCUUGGAGGGAAGAUGGACAGCAUCCACGGCACACGUCGAACUAACCAGAGGUGCUCUUUUGGAAAACAGCGAAGCUGGGAUCGUUCGACUAGUCUUCAUGGCCUUCAAUAGACUCGAAGAAAUUCUUCAACCGCAAGCUGAAUUGCCGUCCGUCGUUACAAACGAUGACUCGCAAUCGUUGCCGAAAAGAAACACGACUAGGUUAUUGAACAGUAAGAUUAUUUCUGCUUCAUUAGGAAAAGGUCGACAUAUACAGUUAUCGGAACCAGUAAGGAUAUACUUCAGGCAUUUGACAUUGGAAAACGUCACCAAUCCUACUUGCGUCUUUUGGGAUUAUAUUUUGAGUGGUUGGUCAGAAGAAGGCUGUCAAAUAAGAAAGAGUAACGACACGCACACAGUAUGCGAGUGCAAUCACUUAACAAAUUUCGCCGUUCUAAUGGACGUUCAUGCAGUUAGACUUGACAUCGCUCAUCAAGUCGCUUUACAAAUCAUUACAUACAUAGGCUGCAUCAUAUCUGUUGUCUGUCUGGUGUUAGCGAUACUUACCUUUCAAUUGUUUCGUGGACUCAAGUCGGACAGAACGACAAUACAUAAGAACCUGUGCGUCUGCCUGUUAAUAGCUGAAGUUUUGUUUGUUUGUGGUAUCGGACAAACGAAUCAAAGGAUCGUCUGUGGUAUUGUUGCUGGUUUAUUACACUUUUUUUUCCUAUGUGCGUUCGCCUGGAUGUUCCUCGAAGGAUUUCAAUUGUAUGUUAUGCUGAUCGAAGUUUUCGAAGCGGAAAAGUCUAGACUACGAUGGUAUUAUCUUGUUGCUUAUGGGGCACCGUUACUAGUAGUUGCGAUAUCCUGUAUAAUCGAUCCAUUCAGUUACGGCACCGAUCGAUACUGUUGGCUUCGAGCGGACAACUACUUCAUCUUCAGCUUUGUGGGGCCCGUAAUACUCGUAAUCUUGGCGAAUCUCGUAUUCCUGUCGAUGGCGAUAUACAUGAUGUGCCGACACGCAAAUACGACGGUAGCCAUGAAGAGUAAAGAACAUUCUCGUCUAGCUAGCGCAAGUGGAAAGGAAGAGAAUGCUCUUCCCAACAAAUUGCAAGCGCACUUAGCUUGGUUACGCGGCGCCAUCGUCCUAGUAUUUCUACUAGGAUUAACCUGGACUUUUGGACUCCUUUAUUUGAAUCAAGAAUCAGUGGUAAUGGCAUACAUCUUUACUGUACUCAACAGCCUUCAGGGUCUUUUCAUCUUUGUAUUCCACUGCGUUCAAAACGAAAAGGUAAGAAAGGAGUAUAGAAAGUUCAUCCGACGUCAUUCAUGGCUACCAAAGUGCUUGAGAUGUUCGAAGACGGUGACAGGAAGUUCCGGGUCAUCCGGUACGAGCGGUGGUGGAGUUGGCCCUGGUGGAAACGGUGGAAAGGAAUUUGCCUCGCACAACACAUCCUCAAAUCCUUCGGCUCCAACAACGGACAGCUCAGGACUAUCGCCUCAUGCUGCCUCUAACAACAUUUCUUUUAAAUCGUACUCCCGGGACUCUGGACACGGUGGAUCAGAACAAGAAGAUUCACCAAGGACACAUAACACUUCAACUUUGGGCCAUUCAGGUCGUAAUCGAGAUCGAGAUAGAAACCGCAUCAUUGGUUCGAAUGAUGGUAGCGAGACGAUGAGCGGUGGAAGAGCAGCAACGACAACGGCAACUACUUCGGUGGGAACUGGACGACGAGCUGCCAUGCCAUAUAAUCAUACUUACACAGAAAUCGUUGAUGGUAGAAACGGUGGAAAUGGUAUGCAUCAUCAGAUGCAUGCUCAUCACGGCCAGCAUGUACAUCUUCCAACGCAUCGCGGAGUUGGCAACGUUGGUGGUUUAACGAACGAAGAUGAUCCUGUUUACGAGGAAAUCGAACGAGGUGGCGCCGGUGGAACUGUCGGAGAGAUCCAAGUGUCAGACAUGUCUGACGAGGAUGGUCGACGACAAAGCGACAUGAGUAGACAAUCUUCAAGAAGCUACGGUGAUCAUAGGCCAUUGAUUCCAUAUUCACCUGCUAACGAUCGUAACCUGCUCCAUUACGGGCAAACGAUGAGCGAUCGUGUUGGGAACACUCACUACGAUCCAACGGAAUAUGGUCCAACCGUUGAAAGGACCAUAAAUGCCUGCUGGGAGAAACUACGAAGGCAACAAGCGAGGUACGAGCUCGGUGAACUGCCACGACUCCCUGCAGGUUAUGGACUACCACCUCAACAGGAUCAUACGAGAACCGUCGCUGUUCUCGACGGCCAUACCGUCGUCUGCCAUCUUCAACCCCAAACGGACAUGUAUACAGGACGCGGAAUGCCACCGCCUUCCUACAGCGAGUGUUAGGUCAAGGCUGGAUCGUCUCGUCCUCCAUCUCGUCCAUCAUCCCCACGUUUUGGGGUAGGACUCUGUUCCUCUCGUAGGACUCGCCCUUCGACUCCGAUCUCUCUCUGAUUCCACUGUAGCUCAGCAUAACGUCUCUCUCUCUUUCUCUCUCUCUCUCUCUCUCUUUCUCUUCCUCUCUUUCUCUUUCUCUCACUCUCUCUCACUCUCUUAUUUUCAUUCUCAUUCUCUCUUGGAUUUGUCAGAAAGAGAUUUUACUCUUAACAAGAAGACUUUUCUUUCCUAUGAAUGAAAGCAGUUGAACGGGGAGAGAGACGAACAAAGGCUAAGAUUUCGGAGAAGAAUCGUGAAAAUGAGAAACGGACGAUGACGGUCCUUCCAAGAAGAGAAACACAAAAAAGCACGAAAGGCUAGAACGAUAUUACUUCGCUUUUUAGCGUGUUAUAAAGCCACACGAGUCGAUUGGCGAACCUACGCGAUGGUUCGUGUACAACUAAACUUAACGAUCGACAUUCUGCGCCGAAAGAUUCCUUCCUUGCUCUACGCGUACUAAUCACGGUGUGUGUGAUCCUUGCGAAAACAAAAAAAGAAAAAAAAAAGUAAUAAAUAUUGUGUAGAGAGCGAGACGAUCGCGUCGGCGAUACGUUAUUUUUCUUUUUUUCUUUUGUAUAAUAGACAUAUCGCGACACGUACUCCUCGUCCACGAACUGGAAAUUUUUUAAGUCAUUGUUUUAGGUCACCUUGUUCUUUCUUUUCUUUCGUCCUUUUGUGUAUAAUAUAGACUCUCGUUGAACGGAUAGCUUAGGAUAGCGACAUAUCGGAAAUUUUAGAAGGUGUGGCAUGUGAUUGUAACAAUCGCUUUUGAAAAUCGCGUUACGAAGGAGAGCAACUGCCUGUGAGAGAGAGAAAGAAAGAAAGAAAGAAA